AUGACAAUUCGAAGUGGUGAAGUGGUCUUUGAGAGUGAUGAAGAAUCCGAACCUAGUGAGGAGGAUUACCUAGACAUGCCUGUGUUGGAGGAUUGUGAUGAUGUGCAAUUGGGUAAGGAAAAGAGGCCAAUCGCUUUCUUUAGUGAAAAGCUUAAUGGGGCAGCCUUGAAGUACCCCACAUAUGACAAGGAGCUUUAUGCUUUGGUGCGUGUGUUAGAGACUUGGCAACCUUUUUUAUGGCCCAAAGAGUUUGUGAUUCAUGUGGAUCGUGAAUCUUUGAAGCAUCUUAAGGGGCUAUACAAGCUGAAUACGUGGCAUGCUAAGUGGGUUAAAUUCAUCAAAAUGUUUCCUUAUAUGGUCAAGUACAAGCAAGGGAAGAAAAACAUGGUUGCAUAUGCAUUAUCACAUAGGUAUGCACUACUUUCUACUCUAUAUGCCAAAUUGCUGGGAUUUGAAUGCAUUAAAGAUUUGUAUGUUGAUGAUGCUGAUCUUGGUAAUGUGUUCAAUGCUUGUGAGAAAGUAGCUUUUGGGAAGUUCUAUAGGCAUGAUGGAUUUUUAUUUAAAGAAAGCCCAUGA